AUGACUGGUCAUAGUACUGAAGAAGCAAAACCAUUAUUUCAACGUUUAUCUAAAACAAUUGUACCAACACAUUAUGAUCUAACAAUUCAAGCAUAUCUUGAUAAAUUUAAAUUUAAUGGAGAUGUUAAUAUACAUUUACAAGUUAAAGAACCAACAAAUAGUAUUGUACUUUAUGCAGCUGAAUUAGAAGUUGAUAAUGCUAAAGUUAAAUCAACUUCAAAUGAUGAACAAGAUGGUAAAAUUGAUUAUGAUAAAGAAGGUGAACGUAUAACAGUCAAUUUCGAUAAAAAACUUGAAACAGGUGAUUAUGAAUUAGCAUUAAAAUUUGUUGGUGAAAUAAAUAAUCGUAUGCGUGGUUUCUAUCGAACUAAACAUACAGCAUGUGAUAGUAAUGAAGUUCGUUAUGGAGCUAGUACACAAUUUGAACCUGCUGAUUGUCGACGAGCAUUUCCAUGUUGGGAUGAGCCAAAUUUUAAAGCUACAUUUGAUAUUACAUUAAUUACACCGAAAAAUCUUCGUGCUAUUUCAAAUAUGCCAAUUAAAUCGGAAAAUGAAUAUGCCAAUGAUAAAGAAUGGAAAAUAACAAAAUUUAAUCGUACACCAAUAAUGAGUACAUAUCUUGUAGCUUAUGUUGUUGGUGAAUAUGAUUACGUUGAAACAAAUGAUUCAAAUGGUGUUAGUAUGAAAGUUUAUACACCAAUGGGAAAAAAAGAACAUGGACAAUUUGCAUUAGAUACUGCAGCAAAAGUUCUUCCAUUUUAUGCAGAAUAUUUUAAUAUUAAAUAUCCAAUUGCAAAAGCUGAUCAAAUAGCUAUUCCCGAUUUUGCUAUGGGAGCAAUGGAAAAUUGGGGUUUAGUAACUUAUCGAGAAACAGCACUUUUAAUUGAUCCAAAAUUUUCAUCAAUGGAUACACGACAACGUGUAGCUAUUGUUGUUGCUCACGAACUUGCACAUCAAUGGUUUGGCAAUUUAGUAACUAUGGAUUGGUGGACUGAUUUAUGGCUUAAUGAAGGAUUUGCAACAUGGAUUGAAUAUUUAGCUGUUGAUAAAUGUUAUCCAGAAUUUGACAUUUGGACACAAUUCGUUGCCGAUACAUUUGCAAGAUUUCUUGUGCCAGAUGCUUUAAAAUCAUCACAUCCUAUUGAAGUACCUAUUGGUCAUCCGGCUGAAAUCGAUGAAAUUUUUGAUGCUAUAUCAUAUUCAAAAGGUUCAUCAGUUAUUCGUAUGUUACAUGAUUAUAUUGGUGAUGAUGCUUUUCGCAAAGGACUUCAUAAUUAUUUAACAGAAUAUAGUUAUAAAAAUACAGUUACCGAAAAUCUUUGGUCACAUUUGGCUAAAGCAUCAAAUAAGCCAGUUAAUGAAGUUAUGUCAUCAUGGACACUUCAAAUGGGUUAUCCACUUUUAACUGUAAUUGAAGAAAAAACUAAUAAAAAUCGUAUUCUUAAAAUAAAACAACAACGUUUUAUUGCUGAUGGUAGUACUGAUGAUGAAAAUCUUCAAUGGAAAAUUCCCAUUACUGUUUUUACAAAAUCUAAUCCAAAACAAGUUGCAAAACAAGUAUUAAUGGAUAAACCAGAAAUAACAAUAACAUUAGAAAAUGUUUCCGAAGAUGAUUGGAUUAAAUUAAAUUAUAAUUCAAUUGGUCUUUAUCGUGUUAAAUAUGAAUCGCAAACAUUAGCACGUCUUAAUGAACCAAUUGCUAAUAAAACAUUAAGUCCACAAGAUCGUCUUAUAGUACAAAAUGAUGUUGCUGCUUUAUGUAAUGCUGGUCAUCAAUCAUUUGUUGAUUAUCUUAAACUUUUACCAUCAUAUGCAGAUGAAGAUAAUUUCACUGUAUGGAAAGCAAUUGCAUCAAAUAUGGGUGAUUUAUCAUCAUUACUUGAAUAUACAGAUUAUUUUGAUGACUUUAAAAAAUAUCGUUUAAAUUUAUUUUCAUCAAUACAAAAAAAACUUGGUUGGGAUGCUAAUCCAAGUGAAGAUCCACUUUCAGCUAUGUUACGUCCAAUGAUAUUAACUAUGGUUGGUAAAUCUGGUGAUCAAAGUGUAAUUGAUGAAGCAAAAAAACGUUUUCAACGUCAUAUUGCUGGAGAUUUAAUUGAUCCAAAUAUUCGUGGAGCUGUUUAUACUAUUGUUUCACGUUAUGGAGAUGAAAGUACACAAGAAGAACUUCGUAAAUUAUAUGUUGCAGCAGAUAUGACAGAAGAAAAAGUUCGAUUACUUCGUGCAAUGGGUCAAUCAAUUAAACCGGAAAUUAUUGAAAAUACAUUAAAAUUUGUAUUUGAAGGAGAUAAUGUUCGAAUGCAAGAUUCAAUAUCAGGUUUUGUUGGUUGUACAUCAAGUUGUGAUGGACGAGAUUUAGUUUGGAAAUUUUUACAAAAAAAUUGGAAAACACUUGUUGAAAGUUUUGGUGAAAAGAGUAAUUUUCUUAUUGCUUUUGUUGAGUAUGGUUUAUCUGAUUUUGCUGAUGAAAAAAUAGCAAGUGAAAUCAAAUCAUUUUUUGAUACAAUGAAUACACCAAUCGUUGCACGGCCAGUCAAAAAAGUACUUGAAACAAUUCAUAUGCGUUCUGAAGUACUUAAACGUGAUUCAAAAGCCAUAGAAAAAUAUUUAAAACAACAGUAA